UUUUGUUAUUUGGUUUUAUAUCGCUCGCAUGAACCGAGAUAGAGACCGCGAGACCGAGAAUUCAGCGCAGCGGUCGUUGGUUGGUGUGUGCGAUGCGCUGGCUGUUGCUGUGGCGUGUUUUGCCGCAAAAAAUGUAUUCAGUCAGCUUAGAGGUUAUAGCAGUUCUCUUCUCACUCAGUUGUGUUUGUAACUUGAAACCGAGGCGAACGUAGGUAGGUUUUUUGCUUGGUGGUUAGAAAAUGAUGUUUGAAGGAGAAUUUGAAGAUAUUCAGUAUGACAAUACAAAAAGUAUUGAUCAGUAUCUUCUAAUAGCGGAGGUGAAAAAAUGGGAACCUUUGUAUAAUAAUAAUAGGCAGUCAGGUGAAUAUGUAAGCAAUGACACAAAAGAGCAAAUUUGGGAAUUAAUACAUGCUGUGCUCUUUCCAAAUUACAAACAGUUGAAUGAAGAGAUAAAAGACAUUAUAAGAUCUACUGUUCGUAAACGUUGGAAGUCGUUGCGAGAUGCGUUGGUUAAAGAUCACAGGUUACGAGGUGAAGAUCCAAUAUAUGCCAAGAAAAAGAUGAGUCGAGCAGUGAAAGAGAUGCAGUAUUUAACUCCUUUUAUAAAAUAUCCCAGAAAACGAAGCGAAAUUUAUGGUGAGAGGAAUUAUUCACCCGACUCUUGUAAGUUCACUAAUGAUACAACAAUUGAUUUAACAUAUCAAGAAGAACCUGAGGAUUCAUAUGUUCAAGUUGAUGAUGAUAUGUUGUCAAAUGAAGCACUCUAUCCAUCAGUUCAUAUGACAACAUCCGAGGCAGAAUCCGAAGAAGUUGAAUGGAGAGAUCCACCCAAUCAGGGAACAUUGAAAUAUACAAUUCGGGAGGUUGAAGAACCAGAAAUUAAAGAAGAGCUUGAAGUACCGGAAAUUAAAGAAGAAGAAUACGAAAUGAUUGAACAAUUUCCAAAUGUUGCGAAAAGAAAGCGCUCAGAUUCCAAAGAUAACUUGCACUUAAAACUUAAUGCUUUAAUUGAUCGAUGCAAUGAAGAAUCUCAGGACCAAGAUCGUAUGUUUCUGCUGUCACUUUUGUCUGAUUUUAAAAGAGUACCUGUACAUAAGAAACUAAAAGUUAAGUCGGCUUUUAUUAAAGCUCUGUAUGAAGCUUUAGAUUGAAAAGAGAAGAUAAAAAUGUAUUAUUAUUUUUAAGAUAAGUAUUUGUCAAACCAAAAAGCUAAGGAUAGUUCUAAAUACUCAUUAUUUAAUGUUUAUACCUUCUUAAAGUUUAAUAAAGUUAAUAUAAGUA